AUGGAGGCUGAACAAUCCGGUUGGGGUCGUAUUUCGGCGGCACUCGUGGAAAAUCCCGAGUCCUUGGACUUAUGGGAAAAGCUCAUUCGGGAAGUUGAACGGGAAAAUGGCGUACCAAUAUCCAAGGUUUCUUCCGAUGAAGCAGUUGAAAUUUUACGAACUUGUUACAAUGCAUUUCUCGAAAAGUUUCCGUUACUUGUCCAUUACUGGAUCCGUUAUGCCCAGUGUGAGUUUAGGUUGGGUUAUCACCAAAAGGCAAUUAUUGUAUAUGAAAGAGCUUUGGUUCACUUGCGAGCGUCCAUCGAAUUGUGGACCAACUAUCUUCAGUUUCGAGUAGAUACAAUAUCAGAUAAUGUUGAGGAAAUUGCACAACUUUUCGAAACUGCCCGGAAAACAAUCGGAAGACAUUUUUAUGCCCACGAGUUUUAUCAACUUUAUCUUUCAUUCAUCAAAAGCUACGCAACAAACGACCCAGAACGACAGUACCAUAUUCUCCUUCGGACUAUAAUUGAACAGCCAAUUUACCACUACAAUUUGUUUGCCAAAAUGUUCUUUUCUGCUAUCAGCAACCUCAAUUCAACCACAAUUGGCUACAUAGUUCCACCCAAGGCCAUUCGAAGCUACAAUGGAGAUUUUCGUCAAGCAUCGAUAAAGCUCAAAAAGUUGUUCACAGACGUUUAUAUCACCACCCAGGCCAAGACACACCAGAUCUACUCGUUUGAACGACACUUUCAGCGCCAAUACUUUGACCAGACAUUCAUACCGCAAGCACAACUCAAACAGUGGCAUAAUUACCUUUCAUUUUUGGAACUCAAUUUUCCCCAUCAGCACACAAUUCAGGUGUACGAGCGAUGCCUCUUGAUAACCGCACCGUACCCUGAGUUCUGGUUGCGUUUUGCCGAGUUCCACAUAUCGCAGGACCGAAUGUUACAGGCGGUUGAAGUUCUCACUCGCGGCAUGGUUUAUUGUGCGAGCUACAAAUUGCUCGUAAAACUUGUGGACGUGGAGUUAUCCCUCAAAAAUUACACAAGGGCAAGAGACAUCCUUACAGAAUACGUGAAGGAAUCUGCGGCCACACCUAUACCCAUAUUGGAAAAGUUACUCAGUGUUGAAAGCUUGUUCCACACACAAGACAGCACCAAAAUGCGAAACUUGUUUCUCCAAAUUUUCAAAGAAAGCGAUCACCAUCGAGUUUCUGAGUUGCUAAACUACUAUACAUUACCAGAGGAGUUGAAACUGGAGAUCCGGAGCCAUUUCAACUUGGAAUUAAAUACAAAAGACGAAGUGAAUUUUGACGCAAAGUUCCACCAAAGUCUCAUUGGUCCAUUACACAAUUAA